ACUAAUCUUCAAAUGAAAGAGUCCAAAAUGAUGUAAGUUAACAACGCUGUUGAUAUGUACUCACUAACUAAAGGAGCCUAAAAGAGAAGAUGGAUGAGGAAACAACCUUGAAUUCGAAACUUUCUCUCCACAACACAAUUCCACCAAAUGCUUGCUUGGUUGUCUCUACGCGCUAGACUAUUGCAAUUUGCAAACCCCUCUCUUGUCAACUUAAAGUAAGUAAAACAGGUAAAGUGGUUAGCGACCAUGCCAAAUUCAGCUAAGGAAAAUGGCAACUAGCUAGACUAAAUAUAUAGGUGAAGCAGCUCAACCACCACUUCCUAAACACCGCCAACUGCCACGGCCACCAAAACGCAGCCAUCUUUCCCCCCUCAUAUGUAAGAACCCAAAUCCCAUCCUUCCAUUCCCAUCAUCUCCAUUGACGCACAAAAAGAAAACAAACAGAAUGGCAGCAGCAGCAGCGCGGAGUAGUGGGCAGAGGGAAGGUGCAGAGUUGGUGUACGGAGCAGAGGAAUGCUACCGCCACUCGGUCGAGCUUCUCCAGGAGCUAGGGUUCCCCAAGGGAGUCCUCCCGCUCAAGGACCUGGUCGAGUGCGGCCGGGUCAGGGAGACAGGGUUCGUGUGGAUGAAGCUCAAGGCCCCUUACGACCACUUCUUCGAGGCCACCAACACACGUGUCAGCUACGCGGCGGAGGUGACGGCUUACGUGGAGAAGCUGAGGAUGAAGAAGAUGAGCGGGAUCAAGAGCAAGCAAAUGUUCCUCUGGGUCCCCAUCUCGGAGAUGAGCAUGGAGGAUGCUUCCAGCAAGAAGAUCACAUUCAAGACUCCCAUGGGGAUCGGCAAGUCUUUCCCCGUUUCGGCUUUUCUUACCGAUGAUGAAGAUGACGACGUGGCCGCGGUGGAGCAGAAAUCGGAGGAAACAAUCCAUCUGGAAGGCUGAAGAUUGUUUUGAUUAGCAGAUUUGUUGUUUGUUCUAGCUUUGGUUUCGGAUUGCAUCAUUUUUCAGACGCUUUUGCUCUGUUUUUCUCUGUUUUGUUCUGUUUUGUGAGCAAUAAUUCGGACCUGAUCUC